GUAAUAUUGUUUAGAGCAUUGUUUGCGUUGCAUUAGCAUUGCCUAAGGUUGGCAUUAUGGCCGAGGAGCACCAGAAAGAGCAUGGAAGUGGGACCGCCAACACCGGGUGCGGGAUGUUUGAUUUCUUGAAGAAGAAAGAAAACGAGGGCCACGCUCACAAGGAAGAGGUUCAAAAGUCUCGCGGGGAUUCUAGGUCGUCUAGUAGUGAUGAGGAAGAAGGAAAUGGGGAGGUGAAAAAGAAGGGGUUGAAGGAUAAGAUCAAGGAUAAGAUAUCAGGGAAAAAGGAAGGAGAUCAAGAUACUGAGCACGAGAAGAAACAUAAUGCCAGUGCGUGUACGAAAGCAGAAGCGACUCAUCCAGAGGAGAAGGGAUUUAUGGAAAAGAUUAAGGAAAAGCUUCCCGGGCAGCACAAGAAGGCAGAAGAUCAUGGCGCUCAUCCUGCGGAGUGCACUGCUUAUGGAAAGUCCACCGAAGGCGAGUCAAAGGAAAAGGGAAUUCUUGAGAAGAUUAAGGAGAAGCUGCCUGGGGGGCACAAGGACGACGAGAAGCCAAAGGACAACUAGAAUACAAACUUCGAACAACUGUUAGAAGAUUGAUUAAGCUGUUAAUUUGCUUGUUUUGUGUUUAUGGUUCUGUGUUCUAGUGAAUAAGUUCAUGUGCUUGUAUUCUGUGUCUACGCUAGUUAGUUUGUUUUUAUAGCUGCUGCAAUGUCGUAAGAAAAGUAGUUUGUUCUAAGGGCUUUAUAAAGCCAUUUUCUAUUGUCCUGAAACUAGAUUUUACUAGUAAGUUUAACCUGCUUA